AUGGAGCUCGCAGCGGCUGUCAUUUUCUGCCGACACAGCGGGGAAGUCACGCGGCGGAGCGGCGGCAGGGGGGAGGUUUACUGGCGGCAGGUGUGGCGCGCGAUCCGACGGGGUAACCCCGAAUGGCGGCGCAUCCCGACGGCGAUGGAGAAGCAGUGGACGCGCAUGAAAGCGCGGUACGACGCGGAGACGCUCGAACCGCGGCGGAAGAAGCGGCGGAAACGGGGGACAGGCCGGUGCGCCGCGGAGCUGCAAGAAGGGGGGGCGGAACAGCAGGCAGGGGGGGCGGAGCAGGAGGUGGGGGGAGCGGGGCAGCAGGGGGGUGCCGCGGCACAGCAUGCGGGAGGCGCGGGGCAGCAGGCAGGGGCCGUGGAUGAGCAACGGCAGGGUGGGUCUACUAACGCGGAUGAGCAACCCAAUAACGCGUCAGGGGGGAACACAGGGGCAAAGGCAAAGGUGAGGGAACGGCCCAAGGCAGCAGGGGGGAAGGAUAAGGGACUGUGGCAAAAACCAGCAUGGUUCAAGUACAUUCGCAUGUUCUACGGGACUGAGCUCCAGGCGAGGAGAAACGUGGCAGCAAAUAAGGCUAGAAAAGCAGCUAGAGCGUCUGCUGCUGUUGCUGUUGCUACUAAGGUGUUUACGGCACCGAAGCAGCCUGCUGAAAUGUCAGCGUAUGCGUUUCCUGAGAGCAUUGGUUCAGGAUGGGGAGAGAAUAGUAGGCAGCAGGAGCAGCAGCCGCAGCAGCAGGGGCAGCAGCCGCAGCAGGAGCAGCAGCAGCAGGGGCAGCAGGAUCAACAACAACAGCACCAGCACCAGCAACGGCAGGAGCAGCAGCAGCAGCAGCAGCAGCAGCAGCAGCAACAACAACAGCAAGGAAAGAAGGGGCCCUCCCCAUCACCAUUACCUUUACCACCACCAUUACCGUUACUACCAUUACCUUCACGAUCCCCGCUUCUCCCUUUGGCAGCAGCAGCUCCGUCCACUGUCUCUCCCUCUGACGACUACUUGUUGUGCUUGCGCAGCAAAGUCACGCCGGCUCCCGCCGCUACAGACCCGAUUGUUGACAUAACGCGAAAAUAUGUUCACUCGUCGCAAAGAUAUGGUGGAUCUGGCAACAACCUACUGCGCCUGCCUGGUAACAGGGUUACGUGUGCUACCGACGCUACACCCUCCCUCCCUGCUACAUCCCCCAUGCCAUCUACAGCAUCCCUGCCCGCUACAGCCCCCUUUCCAGCUGCACCCCCGCUGCCUGCUACAAAUUCCCAGCCGGCGAGUUAUGAGCCUGCAUCAGCCCACAGACAAGGGGCAGCAGCAGCUCCGGGUACUUUGACUGCUGGGGAAGGCUCAUUGCGUGUUACGAUAGAACGCAGGGAGCGGAAGGAGGGAAGAUAUGCAAGGAGAGGAACGGAGAUCUCUACAGGAGGUGGAAAGGAUUCGAGCGUGGGGGUUUCGGGCGAGAGGUCGGGCGAGAGGGUGGGCGAGAGGUUGGGCGAGAGGGUGGGCGAGAGGUCGGGCGAGAGGUUGACUGGAGCCAUGGGUGUAGCCGUGAGAAGCGCGUGUUUCCAGUUUCAAGAGCUCACUCGGGAGUUGCUGGAGGAUGCGUACUCGCGAUUCGAGGAUUUGUCGCAGCAAUUAGCGGAGGAUGCUUCUGCUCAGUUUGAGGAGAUUGCGAGAGAGCUAAUGGAGAGUGACGCGCUGGGGCUUGGCAGAGAGUUAAUGGCUGAGGCUGUGGCGGCUAGUCAAGACGCUAAGAGGCGUAAGCGGAGGUAA